CAGCGUCAGCGUAACUUUCAGUCGUCUUGUUUUCUAAACAUAAAAUGCUGUUGUUAUGAGAUGAGAUGAUGGAGGGAUUAACAGAUGCAGACUGACUAAAUGGGACAAUGGUUUGCCGCCCAACCUGGGAUGGGCUCUAGGCCCCCCGCGAUCCUGUACAGGAUAAGCAGUAUGGCUGUACAAUAAAUCUGGGGGGAACUCCGUAUGACACCCAAAUGCACACUGUUAAAUGGCAUGACAUUAAGCUGCCAAAGGAAAAAGCCAGAGGAAUUCAGUCAGUCGAGCGAUCUCUAUGGCAUGACUAAACAAAUGUUUUGAUUUGCUGAAGCCCCACAUUACAUCACUGGCUGUACCUAUGCAUUUACAUCAUGGCAUCAAAUAAAAAGACUUACAAAUAAAAAGCAAACUCUUUUAUCAGAUUUUUGGGUUAAAAAGAGCAGCGAAAAGGCCAGUGCCAGUGAUCAGACCCCAUCAUGUAGCAAGACUGUAAUAAGUCACAGUAAGGAGACAAAGAGGAAAAGAUUGUUUGACCCCAAAUAGAGAGUGGAUUUUUUUGGACUGGAAGACUAAAUUGAAAACAUCCAAGCCCACUUUAUCUUUCCUGAGCACCUCCAGUGUCACAAGGCUGAUCAGGUGCAAGCCAGAAUUCAACAGGGUCAAUGUGCUGGACCACCGAAUCAACUGCAUGAGAAUCUUGGAAUGAUACAUACAGUACUAUGGCAGAAAGAGAUGUGCAAUCAAGUGACUCCUUGAAAGUGAAUAUUACGGUUCAGGGUGGCAAUGUUUUUGCUCCAAUUUUAAAUAAAGUACAGGGAGCAGGGAACUUUACAUUCACCCAAAAUGUUGCUGGUGCAAAUGUAUCUAAAAGUGAGACCAGAGAUGUGACCGCUGUGAUAACAGAAUAUAAGGAGUCAGUAGUGUCCAUGUAUACAUACACCAGGGAAUAUGACUCCCUUGCUGGUGAGCAAGUGCUCCUAGCAGAUCGUUAUGUUGAUCCCCUGAUCAUUCAACAGCACAGAAUAAAGGAAGAGCGAGAAAAAGAAAUGCGCUCCAUAGGAAACGACUUUUUCAACCUCAAGACUUAUGAUAUCAACCAAAGCAUUAGUGCUUCAAAUUUGUUCAGUCAAGAACAUGGUCCAAACAAUAACUGUCCAAAAGCUGUUAUACUCCAAGGCAACUCUGGAAGUGGAAAGUCUGUCGUAAUACAGAAAAUCAUGCUGGACUGGGCCAAGGGAAAUCUGUUUGAAGGGAUUUUUGAUGUAGUCUUUCAUCUUAGAUGUGCAGAGCUUAAUGGUAUUUCUGAGAAAACAAGUCUUGUGGAACUUUUAAAUUGGGGUGAGGAAAUGACUCCAAUCUUAAAAGAUAAGCAAAAGAAAAUUCUUUUUCUAGUGGAUGGGUUUGAUGAACUCCGAUGUUCUCUCCCUGGAAGGCCAUUGCGUGUCAGCGUUGAAGUCCAGGCUGAACCUGGUGCCAUCCUGAGCUCCCUUUUGAGAGGAACCAUGUUAAAAGAUGCCUUCCUGCUGGUCACUACAAGGUCAACAUCUACAGAGCAAUUAGGAAAAUUGCUAAAAUGUCCACAACGCUUCACUGAGAUUAUGGGCUUUUCUGAGAAGGGAGUGGAGGAAUAUUUUCUAAAAUUCUUUAAGGACACAGUUCUUUCAAAGCAAGUGCACGAGCAAGUAAAGACAUAUAAUACUCUCUACACAGCUUGCUUCAGCCCUGUAAUGUGCUGGCUAAUCUGCACCAGUUUUAAGCAGAAGAGCAACAUAGGUACAAAAAUGACAAGUACAUUUAAAAGUACCACCUCAAUUUUUAUUGACUUUGUGUUCAUCCUGCUGGAACAUCACUGCCAAGAUUUAAAUCAAUUUGAAAAGUUUGGUCUGCUGAAGCACCUUGGCCAGCUAGCUGAGGAUGGAAUGCGUAAAGGUGAAAUCCUAUUUGCAAGGCAGGUUGUUCCUGAGAUUAUCUUAAAUCGGGUUGGUCUUCCUUUCCUUUGCACUUUUACACACAAAGAUGGAGUUCACAUGAAAGAAAUGUUUAGUUUUUUGCAUCUCAGCUUUCAAGAGUUUUUUGCUGCGCUCUUUUAUAUCUUACAAGACAAGACAGAGGCAGAGACAAAAAUCAAGCAGCUGCUAUUAUCUGAUUCAGAUCAAUUUCAAUUCUCUCGAAUGGCACAUCUGUUUCCAGUCAUCCAGUUUCUUUUUGGACUUUCCAACAAGGAAGUAAUCAACUCUAUAAAUGAGAAACAUGAAGUGACUCGUGAAAUUGGUUCCCUGCUGGUACAAUGGAUGCAGGCAUUUGUUAAAAGUAAUAUGGUGGAAUUUUACAGCACUUUCCCUCUUCAUUGCUUGCACGAGGUUAAUGAUGAGAAUGUUGUGAGAAAUGUUAUGAAAAAUUGGGAAGCGGGGACGUUUGGAGUUGAAAUUACGCUGAGCUCUUCACAGAUGUCGGAGUACCAUGUAGCAGCAUACUGUCUACAGUUUUGUAGACACAUCAGAUGCCUACAUCUGCAUGCAAAUACAGUGCAGACCCUAAAAAUAAUGGAAGCAACGCUGGCCAAGUGUGAAAAAACAAAGUUAACAGUGGAACAUGUGUCGGAUGACGAUGUAGACUGUCUGAUCUCAGCUGUGGGAAAGGUCAAAGGCCUUCAAUGUCUGAGUUUAUAUGAUGGCAGUCUGUCUGAUGACAGUGUACAGAUGAUAAUGAGCCAUUUGCAUGAGCACAGAUCUGUUGAUGAUGUUGAUCUCCCAGUGAAGGCCAUUAAUCACAACAACACAGAGAUUCUAAUGGACUUUCUCAGAGGCAAAAUGCAGCCAAUACAACUCAGUUUGAAUGCGGCUACUUCAAGGAACAAAGAGGAGAGCCUUUGCUCACAUUUUACAAUAAAUAAUUAUAAUUUGUACAAAAUAAAGUUUGAGCAUAAAGAUGUGGACUCCUCCGUAAAAUGUAUACUGGCACUUAGGUACCUUGCAUUAGACUUUAACUCAGUUAUAUCUAACAGUGACCUGACAAAUCUCCUUACAAUAUCAGAUAAACUUAAAGAAAGUGAUAAUCCUAAAUUUGAGGAACAUGUAGAUGCACUUCUGUCCUUUCUCCGUUCCAAACCUGAUUUAACUACAGUGAUGUUGGGAGCUAAAAAUUUGAACUUAAAUAGCUCUGCGAAGAUCCUCACUUUCCUACAAGACAGAACUUAUAUUGAGACUCGGUUUGAAGUGCAUCAUCUUCAGUGCAUCAAUGAAGAGAACAUCUGCUCUCUGUUACUGUCCACAGCUAGUCUUUUCUUUGCGAAUAGUGAUAUGCUACUUUUGGAAGUGCACAGCUCAAGUUUUCAGGAUUCACAUGAAACUGAAUCUAACCCAGAACUCCUGCAACUGUCAUUGAUGUUUCCACCUAUUAAAGCUGCCACUGUUAACUGGGUGGAUUUAUUCCAACUAAUAACCCAAAUGAUGAAAUCAAAACAAAGGCAAGGAUGUACUGAAUAA